GACUAGUCCGGGUGCUUUAGAGUGCAGAGAACGUGUCCAUCAUUUCAUUCAUAAGAGCUGGAGCAACAGAGCCCGCUUAUUCCUCCUCUUUUGCUUCGCUGCUGACAUGCAUUCUUUCUUGUCUCCAUUUAACAAGGCGAUCUUAGUGGCUUUGUUUAUUUUUGCCAUUUUACUCAUUCUUUAUGUAAUACUAUGGUAUAUAUGCCGAGACGUGGAUUGCGACCACGGUAUCUGACGCUUGUCGUGAGAAAAGCCGACGAUACCCUGACUUUGGCAUAUACGGAGACGCGCCAGGGUGACCCUUUGUUUUGCCCACACAAAAUGGAAGGGUUGCCAUAGUGACGGGGGGUGCCCGAGGAAUGGGUUAUGAGACUGCAAGACACCUGGCCAGGCUUGGCAUGCAUGUGGUUAUAGCUGGGAACUCUGAAGAGGAAGGCCUGCAAGCUGUGAAGAAGAUCCACGAAGAGGGCAGCGAGGGUAAAGUGGAGUUUCUGUUCCUGCACCUGUGUUCCCUGAAAUCGGUACGGAAGUUUGUCCACAGGUUUAAAGCCAGGGCUCUACCACUUCACGUCCUUGUCAACAAUGCCGGUGUCAUGCUGGUUCCCGAGGGAACGACGGAGGACGGUUUCGAGCUGCACUUUGGUCUGAACUAUCUAGGACACUUCCUGUUGACAAACCUCCUCCUGGACAAACUGAAGAGGUCUGGGAGACACGACGCCUGCUCCCGCGUCGUCACCAUGUCCUCCGCCACACACUACGUUGGAAGUCUCAAUAUGGAAGACCUACAGGGCAGGUCCUACUACAGUGCGCAUGGUGGCUACUCUCAGAGUAAACUGGCUCUGGUUCUCUUCACGUACCAUCUGCAGGAGAAGAUAACAGCAGGAAGGUUCCCAGUAACAUCCAACGCAGUAGACCCAGGCAUGGUGGACACUGACCUGUACAACAACCUCUGCAUUCCAGCCCAGGCAGCCAAGAAACCUUUUGCCAAAAUGAUGUUUAGGACCCCAGCCGAGGGAGCGUCUACAUCUAUCCUGGCUGCCACUGCCUCGCAGCUGGAGGGGGUCGGAGGCUGCUACUUCUAUAACGGGGAGAGAACUGAAUCCGCUGACAUUACUUACGAUCACAACGUGAGGGCUGAGCUGUGGAAACAGAGCUGUGCGCUGGUUGGUCUUCGGGAGUCCUAGAGGAGGAACCAGGAACCAUGAUCUUAGAAGUAUGCCAAGAUCAGUGGCAUGACACCUCCCUCCAGCGUCAACAACAACCAAGCUGCGUCCCAAUUCUCAAGCCUUCCCUUCGGCCCCAAGUGUGCACUUGUUCCCUUCCCUUCAUGGAUUUAAAAGCACUGGUAUAGGAAAUAUGGUAGCAACUCCCUCUAGCCUAGGCUGACACCAAUCCAAUGCUUUUAAAUUCUUCAUGGGGAGGAGAGCACAAGUGCAUAUUUUAGUAGUGUCGGGAUACAGCCCAAGUCAGCCCCAGCCAGCACUACAUACAGCGACAGCCUGUGGACUUAGGCUUCCUGAUUACUUAGCAACAUCUAGCUACAGCACAAACCUUGGUUGUUGCCUCUACAGUAACUGUCCUCUCUUGACCUCUGUCCUCAUAGUACUGCGUAACACACCAGCAAUGGAAUCGACUCUUCAGCAUUUCAUAUCUUCGAACAUAGCUCCUCCUCCGCAACGACAGUUCUGAAGACACCCAUUCUACCAUGCGGCAAGCUCUAUUAAACACAUGCUGAACUGCACAUUGAGUGAUGGAAUUGUUGUUUUUUAUAUUGCAAUACAAGUUCUGCUGCCAAAUGUAUUAAGCUUUGGUAUUGUAGCUCCCUCUUCUGGAAUCGCAGAUAACAAAACAUUGAAGAACACAAAGAACAACAUCGGAGCUACUAAUAUCUCUUUGAAACAGACCCAUCUUUUUUUCUGUCUAAAAUUGGACCCUCUGUCCAUUCUUUUUCUCGUACUUGGACUCCCAUCAGGGGCGGACUGGCCAUCUGGCAUUUCGGGUAAAUGCCAGAUGGGCUGGUCCAUUUUUAUCCUAGUGGGCCUGUGUAAAUCUUUUUUUUUUUUUUUUUAAAUGCUCAUUAUCUGGCUAAUAAUGGGGGCCAAAAGGGAAAAAAAUUAUGUUGUGUUAGAAUAAUGCCAGAGGCCAUUUCUGGUCCUAGUCCACCCCUGACUCCCAUCAAGGACUGGACCAAAUAUCUGUAGAUGUACCGCCUCAUAGCUGUGAUCAAAAAUAUAAUAUCAAAUAUGCUUUGGUGAAGGGCUAACAAUGACCACCAUGAGACUCAAACUUGGUUAGCCUUAUUCCCGCUUAAUUUGCACUUGCCUCAUUUAAUGCGUGUGUCCAAUCCUUGUUGUUGUCGUCAUCCAGGGGAAAAAACUGACAACGAGCUUCCUCACAGUACAGUAGAUGCCUUUGCCUUGUUUGACUUACUGUGCCCAGAGGGGAUGUUCUGCCCUGCUAUCUCCACUUCACUGUGACUGAUGUGAAAUGUUGUCGUGAUUUUUGAUGUCUCUGUGGCAUACUGUGAUGACAAAAUGAUGCUCAUCUUUAAGUGUUCUGAAACAGUAGUUAACAUGUUAAUGGUUGGUGGAUCGUAUUUUCAGACACGCCAUUUUCAGUCUUAGAUUCUGAAUCUUUAAAUUACUGUAAGUGAUUCUCAUGAUAUGAUGUCUCUAGUGUGGAGAGUUCUAACUUGGGCGCUGCCUGUAAUUUGUGCUCAUGUUCGAUGGCUGCUGGAAUUACAAACACUUGCUAUGUCUACAAUCCAUUGUAGGUGUGCGUGUCGAAAUUCUCAUACAGGAUAUCGUCAACGUUUUGUCUUAGGUGUUUUGUGUUCAAGUACUGUAUGUGUGUAUGCAUGCCUAAGCAGUGUACGGUUCAGUUCUGUACAUGCCCCAAGACAACAGUUAUUCAAUAACAACAGUGCCAAUACUUACAUGCUCUUUAGAAUACUAAUGUGGAAGGUUUGAAGAGAAGAUGACUCUCCUCCAAGCUUCCAUCUGCUUUUGUUAUGAUACAACACGUGUUAUGAGUCUAAUGCUGGAUAAAAGGCAGACAUAAGAGACACCAAAUGAAAAUCAAAUUGUAUUUGUCACAUGCGCCGAAUACGACAGGACCUUACUGCGAAAUGCUUACUUACAAGCCCUUAACCAACCAUGCAGUUUUAAGAAAAAUACCAACAACAACAAAAAUGUAAGAGAAGAAUAACAAAUAAUAAACACCGUAAACAUUAGAUAUAAUACAUCCAAGGUGUAAACAUUUCAGUAGGACAUUUUCAUCUGAAGUCAUUCGGUUGUCCAUUGUAUUACCACAAUCACUGUGAACGAUGCCUUGUUUUCCAAGUUUUCUUUAGUUGUACUAAGUAAUUAAGUAGUUAUUCAUUUGAGUUUCAAGUCAUUGAGUGGUUCUUAGAUGUGACUGUGUUGUCCUCACUCAUGUCAUAGAGAAGGAUGUCCACAUUGGACACAAAUCUAAAUAAAAAUCUAU